AUGGCACCCAAUAUGGCUUUCGCCUCUCAUCUCAAAUGGAUGAGGCAGAAGUAUAUUUUGAGGCAGGAUAUGUUUUUGAUAGGAGACCCUGGCUCGAUUCGCCGACGAUUGGCAUACCAAUUCUGCCGGGUUGAAGGACUACAACCAGAGCUUCUGACUAUAACUCGGGACACAGUUGAGGCAGAUCUCCGCCAACGACGGGAGAUUGGGAAAAAUGGGGAGACUAUCUAUGUCGACUCGGCAGUCGUUCGGGCGGCCAUAAUGGGACGAGUACUUAUCCUUGAUGGGAUUGAGAAGGCGGAACGCAAUGUGUUGCCAACAAUCAACAACCUCCUCGAGAAUCGUGAGAUGGUGCUGGACGAUGGCAGAUGUCUGCUCAGCCACAUCAAGUAUGAUAAGUUGACGGAGGACUUGGGCCAGGCGGAGGUUACCGCGCGUAACCUUCUGAGAGUCUCACCUCGGUUUAUCGUCGUAGCCCUCGGCCUCCCUGUCCCGCCCUGUGUUGGCCAUACGCUUGAUCCGCCUUUGAGGAGCCGCUUCCAAGGCCGAGUUAUUGCCGGGCUCUCAGCGGAACCCCAGGCAACGCCAUCCUUGAGAGAUUUUGUGGAUGCAGUCGUGCAGUCGCCGGAGCUACCAUUGUUGCCAGGCGACGCUAUGAGCGGCCUGCAAAAGGCCUUUACCGUGACGGGAGAUACGUAUGAGGCUAUCGCGAGGGUAUACCCUUGGAAGCUGUUCCCAGCAGAAGCUUGUAGAGGUGUCAAUUCGAUACUAGCGAGCCUUGGAAUAUCGCAGAAGAGUCCCAAGUUAGGAGAAGCUGGUAGCCAUAUAAGUCAGGAGACGGGAUUUGUCACUACCCCAAGUGUGAGGAAGACCAUUGAAGAUAUCGGAAAGGACUGGCGGGCCGGUCUUGACAUCUGUUUGGUGGGACCUGCCGGUUGUGGAAAGACUCAGACUAUGCUGCACUUCAUCCGAAGCUUGAAACCCUCACGAGACAUUGAAACUAUGUUUCUGUACCGGGACAUGUCGGCCCGAGAUCUUCUACAACGGCGAGUCACUGACGUGGCCACAGGAGCAACAAUUUGGCUGCCCAGUAGUGCAGUCAGAGCAGCUGUAGAGGGAAAAAGCCCAGACCCGAGCGGAUCAGGACUCAUCCUUACCGGCGCAGGGAACGCUUCCGUUUCCGGAUCUGAGACCGCUGGUCCACGAGUGAUCCAAGUUCAUCCCAACUUUCGAGUGGUAGCUCUCGCAGCUCCCCCGACUCAAGGGAAUGCGUGGCUCUCUCCUGAGGUGAUGAGUCUAUUCUCAUUCCACAUCCUAGGCGAAGCAUCUAUUGCGGAGAUCAUUUCAGCCAAAUACAGCGGGAGUGGUGAGUUGGCCUUAAAUGUGUGUGAUCUGGUCCAUGCGUUCUUCGAGACCAUCGAGGCCCCAUUCGUACCUGAGCUGCUAUCUCUGAAGCAGACACUGGACGGAUGCCAAGGCAUCCCUCCACUCACCCUUAGGAGGAUGCUUCGGAUUGCCAAAAUUUGUGAUUCAUCUCCUUCGAAAGAAACUCUUGCAUCAACAGCCUGGCGACAACUGCUGCUCAAUCUAGUGCCGCCUUUGGAGAGGGAGGCGCUUCCUAAAGGCUUCACGCGGGACUUCGCUGCCGCUUCUAGCUCACUCCAGGAAGCUGAUGGGAUUGAAAUCUCCCUUCAAGAUGACGCUGUAGUGAUCGAUGGUAUCAGAGGAUGGAUGUACAGACCCGGCCCUGAUGAUAAUCGUCCAGAGCUGAUACCUCAAGUCAGAGAGAGAUUCGUCCUUAUCCCGGCGCACAAGCGAUUUAUGGCUGAGAUCCACAGGGACAUGUUCCUCCACGGAGAGCGAAGCCUACUCAUCGUGGGACCCCAGGGAGUGGGGAAGAAUAUGGUUAUCGACUACUAUAUGGAAAUGCUUCGUGUGGAGCGGUACUAUAUGCAGCUCCAUCGUGAUAGCACUGUUGGUUCCCUGACCAGCACUCCAGCACUACACGAGGGCGCUAUCGUUUGGAAGGAGUCCCCAUUGGUUACGGCUGCCGUUGAGGGUCGAUGGAUUGUGUUGGACGAGGCAGACAAAGCGCCCCUAGAGGUUGUUGUUCUCCUCAAGUCGCUGAUCGAAGACGGCUACCUGAACUUACCCGAUGGGCGCUGUCUCGGUGGGAGCGGUGGCACUCCUAUCCAUCCCAACUUCAGAUGCAUAGUGUUAUGCAACCGUCCCGGAUUUCCCUUCCUCGGUAACGACUUCUUCCGAGAGUGCGGCGACAUUUUCUCUGUGUUUCUUAUGGAGAUCCAGACCACAACUCAGAGCUCAUGCUUGUACACUCCGUGGCACCAGAAGUCCUAUUGGGGUUCUAUCCCGUCUGGUAUCGGUCUUCGGCGAACUGCGAAGGUUGACAACUGA